AUGGCCAAUCCCAAAGUCACUGAGACUUUUGCUGAUAAAGAGAAAUUGACUGUUUGGUUUGAAAACUCGGCCAAGAGACAUUCCAACUGGAAUGUAACCAACACUCACUUUUCUCAGGCUACCAAUACAAUUAGUCCUAAAGAUGUUGCAUCAACUGUAUACUUUGUCUGUGACUACCAAGGCUUUCUCAAGAAGGCCAAGGUUCAAGAAACGGCUGGAAAACUAAAAGCAAAGAGGGUUCACACUGAAUCCAUCAAGGACGGCUGCAAAGCCAAGAUUAUCAAGAAGACCUUGCAUGAUGGGAGUGUCCAGGUAGAUUACCUGUGGCAGCAUGCAACCCACCAGCCUGAAAAGGUUCAAGAGAUGGUGCAGUCAAGACUCCCAUCUGAGGUCAAGCAGUGGAUUGUCUCCCAUGUAGACAACAACAUGGAUUGGAAGGCAAUCAAAACUUUGCUUCAAAUCAACCCUCACUUCCCAAUAUCUCUUCGCAUUAACUAUUAUGAUGUUCAAAACGUCAUCAAUGUACAUCUGAACAAUCUUUCAAGAGGAAAUGCUAUUGACAAGACAAGCCUUGAGCAAUGGAUUGAGUUCUUGGAAAAAGAAAAGAACUACCUGGUUCACAUUGUCUUCCAUGAAGUUGUGAAGAGCAACGUUACCAACAAGGGUGUUCCUGUUUGCUUCUUUGUGACAAAUGCAGAGUUUAUUACAAUCUUGUCGCAAUGGCUUAAUUGGGUUAAAUCCAACUGUAGCCUGCAUGUCAAGCGCGUGAUGACCGGCUGCAGCCCAGUUGAGAUCAGUGCCUUGGAGGAAGUCUUUGGCCAAUCUUUCCAGAUCCUUUUGUGCCACUGGCACAUCAAGAGAGCAUGGGAGAUGCACAUCAAAAAAGAUAUAAAAAUUACUGGAGCCACCCACAAAAGCAAACGUGAACAGGAUGCAGUUCGGGUGGCUUUCAACUUGCUGAUGCAUGCCAGAAGUAAGGAGGCAUUUAACCAGCAAUACAAGGAAUUUGUUUCUAGAUUUGCUGGACAUGCCAAAUUUGUGGCAUAUUUUGCCACACACUGGCAUGCUAAGUAUGCCAGAUUCCACAUGAACAAUCUGAUUGAAUCCUACCAUCACAUCUUGAAAGCUUACUACUUGGGCAGAUCAAGAAACUUCCGGGAUAACCGGUUGGUUUACAUGCUCUCCCAAGUAGUUGAGCAUGACUAUAGACAAGAGGGUCUCAAGAUCAUGUCUACAAGUGUUGCUCCUUUACUGACAAUUCUGUUUGGUACGAGCUCUUGGUCAAAGAGAAAGUACUGUCAGUCUGCUCUUGUCCAGACCCUAAUCAUUUGUCUUUCUAUUGCUCAGAAUCAAGAAGUUCAGGUAGUUGGCCAAAGUGAGGGGAGUGCUAUGGCACAGAAUAGACUGCGUGCUCUGGAGUUUGUUGAGAGAUAUAACAGCUUGAUCAAUAAGAUUACUCAAGCUUUUAGUGAAAGAAAUGCCGUGGUAAGAGAUACUGCCUCUGGAAUGGACAUCACUAGCCAGAUUUUGGAAGACUGUUUGUCUUCUUUGAAAGAAUCUGGUGGUGCCCCCCAGCAGAAAUAUAGAAAACAAUAA